UCGGUCAGCUGACUGCCUCACAACAAGAAGUCAAGCCCUCAGCGAGGGUAAAAUACUCAUUCAUAAACUUCACCUGGCAGCGCAGCGCCCUCCGGCUGCGGUCAUGAAGAAGAACAAAGGCAAAGUGAGCAGCACGGCGGAGAAGGAGUUUGUGUUUGAGUUCAGGGCAGGCAAACACAACUGUGUCCUCAAAGUGCCUCUGCAGUUUCCUGUCCAGGAGAACAUCAGCGACCUUCAUGGACGCCUCAUGCUGCUACACAAAAUACCCUGCUUUGUGGAAAUCGAGCUGAAGACCUCCCUGUCCAACUUCAUCGAGAAAGAAACCAUCCAGGAUUUUGACCGGGAGGCUGAGCUGGCUCUGCAGAGACUCACAACAGGAGAGGUCGACAUAAACCAGCUCACAAACGCAUGGGCCAAGUCCUAUGCAGAGACAACGCUGGAGCACGCCCGGCCCGAGGAGCCCAGCUGGGACGAAGACUUCGCCGAUGUUUACCACGAGCUGAUCCACUCCCCUGCGUCAGAUACCCUCCUCAACCUGGAGCACAACUACUUUGUCAGCAUCUCUGAGCUCAUCAGCGAGAGAGACAUGGAGAUCAAGAAGCUGCUGGAGAGACAAGCAGCAGAAAUGGACAAAGUCAUGCAGGAACUGGGGAAUACUCUGAGUGACCAGGAUGUAAAUGCAGCGGCCGCUCAGCACUUUGAAGCACAGCAGGUGCUGGAGAACAAAUGGGCCAGUGAGCUAAAGCAAGUGACUGGCAUCCAAAAGCAGGAGUACCAGGAGUGGGUCAUCAAACUGCACCAGGACCUGCAGAAAUCCAAUAACAGCAGCAAAAUUAAUGAGGAGAUCAAGAUGCAGCCCAGCCAGCUGUCAGAGGUGGCAGACUCUGGGGCCAGACUGUACGAGGAGCAGCCUCAGCUGGAGGAGAGCUUCACCAUACACCUUGGUGCCCAGCUGAAAACGAUGCACAACCUGCGGCUGGUCCGAGCCGACGUGCUGGACUUCUGUAAGCACCGGCGGCACGGCAGCAGCGGGGCCAAGCUGCGGCGGCUCCAGACGGCCCUCUCGCUCUACUCGUCCUCGCUCUGCGGUCUGGUGCUGUUGGUCGACAACAGGGUCAACUCCUACAGUGGCAUCAAGAGAGACUUUGCGACGGUGGCGAAGGAGUGCACAGACUUCCACUUUCCCCGUCUGGAGGAGCAGCUGGAGGUGGUGCAGCAGGUGGUGCUGUACGCCAGAGCCCAGCGGAGCAGCAAGCAAAAGGACCAGCCUGAGGUUCUAAGGAAUGGGGGUGAUGAUAAGAACAAAAAUGUUGAGAGAAAUCCUUCUAAUAUCUUACCAGGUGAGUUCUACAUCACGCGUCACUCCAACCUGUCGGAGGUCCAUGUCGUCUUCCACUGUUGUGUAGACGACAACGUGCGAUCGGGAAACAUCACUGCCCGCGACCCGGCCAUCAUGGGCCUGAGGAACAUCCUGAAGGUCUGCUGCACGCACGACAUCACCACCAUCACCGUCCCACUGCUGCUGGUCCACGACAUGUCGGAGGAGAUGACCAUACCGUGGUGCCUGAAGAGAGCUGAGCUGGUAUUCAAAUGUGUUAAAGGCUUCAUGAUGGAGAUGGCCUCGUGGGAUGGAGGUAUCUCGCGCACAGUCCAGUUUUUAGUGCCACAGAGCAUCUCAGAGGAAAUGUUCUACCAGCUGAGUAACAUGCUGCCUCAGAUCUUCCGCGUCUCCUCCACCCUAACACUCACCUCAAAGCACUGAUGGAUGCAAAUGUAAAGUAUUGCGACUUUGGACCAACAAAUAAUGUUUUUUUUUUUUUUUUUUUUUUUUACUAGCAAUGGAGGGCCCAGUUUUUUUUUUUUUUUCUUUUUUCUUCCUUUUUUAUGUGAUUGCAAUGCUGAAAAGGCAGGACCUGAAGAUUAAGGAUUAAGGGAAGUGGAGUUUUUGUGAAAGAGAGCACACAGCCCCAUUGCCUUUUGUCUGUUUUUUUUUUUUUUUUUUUUUUUACUUUUUCAACAGAAGUGUGAAACGGGGUCAAAAUAGAGCACGGUGGCAUCGCAGCACUCGAAGUAGGAGGUGUAAGGUGGGAUUUGAAGUUAACAGAGGCUUUUUUUUGAUGUGACUGGCAUGAGCCUUUGUUGUUUUUGCACCCAGUGCAGCUUCACAUUCUCAAUGCAGCGCUUCUCACUGAAAGACGCCUGAAUUCCACGGCUCGCCAAAGCAGCUGCCGCAAUUAACAUUUCAGGCCUCUGGGGUGUGGUCAUGGUGACAGGGAUUUUUAAUGACAUCAUGACAGUUGUGUUUCACUCAAAGUGCAGACUGUCAGUGCAGGAAGGAUCACGUGUUCACACAGCCAACGCUGUAGUAUUCAAAAAGAAUACGGCCUCACUGCUGCCCUACCAUAUUUUCCAUUAAGCUGGUUUUUAGGGUUGAUGUAUGAGGUUCCUGUGAGCGUCAUUUUUCAUUUGCUGAAUCUCUGUGAAUUAAUCAUGAUGGAUGACCACAGAGUUCAGCCAUCUCAUGAGAUUUACAGUCUAAUCCCCAUGGGUAAUUGGCAUCAUACUCAGGCAGUGGGUCGCGGGAAAUAAAAAAAAAAAAAAGUGACACCAACUUGGCUCUUGUACUCCCAAAAGAAGAAUUGCAUUUCUGCUAUGACGAGCCGUACGCAGGUGUGUUUGUACUGCAUUGCGGGGAGUUAUUGUGAGGAACGCUCUUUGUGUGUGUGUGUGUGUGUAUGUGUGUGUGUAUGCAUGUGUGUGUACGCGUGCAUGUGCCCCCCCCCACCUCUGUAACAGCAGAUGGCACUGUUCCUAAAGACAAAAAUGUGAAAAGGAUGACUAGAAAAACACUUAAAAGUCUUCUCUCAUCAGCAGAGAUAAAGGUUUUGUGUGUGUUUACUGACUGUUUCUGAAAUGCAUCCAAAGCCAUUUUGGUCCAUAUUCAUCAUGAUAUCCUGCAGUAUUGUGAGAAUACAGCCUCAGUGGUCCUAUACCUCCACAGAUAAAUGUGCGUCAAACGUCUUUAAUUAACACUUGAACAGAUGUGUAUUCCCUAUCAUGCAAUUUACCCCAUAUGUUUACAAUUUUAUGUUUUAAUCAUGUUUUAAUAAAAAUAUACAAA